AUGGAUGCAGACUUCAGCUCGAAUCGGUGCGCCACUCCUCUUGAGGAAUACGAAGUGCCUACCCGUCACUCGGAGCUAUGCUUUGAAGACGGGAACCUCUCCAUCAUCAUUGGGAAGCAGUACUUCAUCGUCCACCGUGGUGUCUUGUGCCUGCAUUCGCAGGUCUUCCACAAGCGUAUCAAAGCCAUCAAGUCGGGGGAUGACCGUUUGCUGGAAGGACUGGCGGUGCUCUAUCUGGAUGACUCUCCCGAGGACUUCGCGCAUUUUCUCCAGGCUCUGUACGGCUUACCUCACAACAACAUCGCUGAUGAGUUUACCGUGACUGCGGCCAUCCUCCGUCUGGCAACCAAGUACGAAGUCGAAGUUUUACGCGAAAACGCCAUGCGCUGCUUGUCUCUCUCUUGGCCCACGACUUUGCAACUCUGGGAGUGCCGCGAAAAGGCCGCCACCACUGUCGACGGAGUCUACGCGCCUCGCCCCAUCUUACCCCAUCCCAUCCCCCUUAUCGAGCUUGCACGCGAGAUCGGCGCCCCGCAACUUCUCCCAUCCGCAUUCUACGAUCUCUCUCGAUACCUCCCCAGCCAGAUGAUGGAAGGACAUAUGGCUUCGGACGGCACACACUACACUCUCAGCCACGACGACCUCUGUCGCGCCCUGCGCGGGAAGGAGCAAGCGGCGCGCUACUUCUCCACCUUCAUCGUGACCGAACUCGAGGGCCGGCCGUACUCCUCCCUAUGCGUCCACCGCAACGAGAUCCACCCCUCCGUCAAGCGCUCCUGCCAGAUGGCGUUCGAGGCGGUCACGUUCGAGCUCAUCCGCGACGUGAACGGCAUGGUCUGCAACCGGAACAGCGACCCCCUCUUCUCUAUCCUGGAAUCGGUCGCGAUGCAAACACGCGACGACCAGCCGGGCGUGGAGAACAGGGUGGCAUAUCGGGCCUGCGAGGCGUGCCGUCUGGAGUUUCGCGCUGUGGUGGAUGCGGGACGGGAGGAGUUCUGGAGGAACUUGCCGAGCUGGUUUGAGCUGGAUCUGAAGACGUGGGCUUGA